GCUCACUAUUGAGAGAAACCUGCGCUGAACGAUCACGAAGCAGGAGAAAAAAGAGAUGCUCUGACUAUGAAGAAAACCUGUUUCUUGUUCCAGAUGGAGAAGUGAAACAACAUAUACUAGAAAACUGAAGUGGAAAUCGCAAACUGCAUUUACUGUAUAUUUUGAAUUUGAAAGUUUUGUUUCACAGUAAAUCAGUGUUUCUGUUCAUACUCUAAAAUUAGAUGAUGACGUAAAGACCCCAUCAUAUUCUUUCAUAUUUCUUCUCAUUUGUUAAUUUAAGUCACACCUCCACAUCAUCACUGACUCUGACUGUGUAUUUAAGCAGCUUCUGCUGUCUCUCAAACACAAGACCAGCUUCACACCAUGUUUGUUCUGGGUCUGCUCACCUGUAUUGUGCUGAGAGCAUUCAGUGCUCAGGCAGAAGUGGUCGAGACCUUUGAUAAGUGUAGUGUGUUUUUCUACAAAGACACAGAACCACAAGGAAUGGAUCAAAAUGCCAAGAGAAUCUGUCAGAGGUUGGAAGAUAUAAAGGAAACUAGUGUAUUUGAUGAUGAUGACACGCUCCAAUUUGGUUACUACGCCACUCUGUACUCGGUUCCUCACCGGAUUCCCCUCUACAGCGCCUACACACUGAAAUGGUCAUGCUCAGACACUACUGGAAGGACAGACACAUGGCACUUAGAGCCUCAGAUUUCUGAUUCCUACUCCACCAUUGAUUAUAUGGUCCCUGAGAAUCAAAACAUUCAAGAUACUUAUAAAGGAAAUCAAGCCAUCAGCAGCGACUACAGCGAGACCGGAUAUGAUCGAGGACACCUGAACCCCAACAGCUUCUCAUGCACCGAUGACGGCCGUAAAGCAACGUUUACACUGACCAAUGCAGCACCUAUGGAUGCGUGUUUCAACUGUAUCCAGUGGAAGAACUGGGAGAGCACUUUGAAGAGUUUUUUGACAAAGAAGCUUGACAGUGAGGAGGCAACAGCCUACAUUGUCACGGGUACGGUACCUGAUGCAAAUAAACAGAUACCACAGAGGGAAAAUCCUGAGGACUCUAACAGGGUGACGGUGCCCUCUCACAUCUGGACGGCUGUCUGCUAUAAACACAAAUACAGUGAUGAUAACUCUUUUUCCUUCGGCUAUAUAGGAGAAAACUUGCCGGGAGGUAAAGUAAACCUGAUGAGUGUCUCAGCGCUGAACAAUCGGCUCAAUCAACUCGAUAAGCUCUCAAAUAUUAAGAUCUUUGUGGAUGAUUGUUUUGAAGACAAUAAUAAAUUAAAGGAGGUUAAGAAAGCAUUUCAGAAGUUAAUUGGUCUCCCAGCGACCCCAGAUGUGCAGAACACAAUUAAUGCGCUCCAAACAGUCAGAACUAACGGAGAGGAUGUCGAGGUGACUGACAUGAGUGUAAAAUUAACCUUCGGCAGUAGGAGAGCUUAUUCCACUAUGGCAGAAAACCUGAAGGUUUUUAGUGAAAGUGCUUGUCUUAUAACUAAUUACGGACAAGAAUCUGUUGAAUGCCAGUUGGGCUCAAAGAAGCGCAAGAUUGCAGCUGAUGGCUCGCCCUGUUUAAGAAUCUCUGACUCUGGUUACAGCUGUCGCUGCUACACAGGAGGUGAAACCAAGCCCUGCUGCUCUACUCCCUGUCUGUACCAGGAUGAUGUCAAGAGCUACAGGUGUUCCUCAGGCCAGAAAGAGAUAGCGUGUUCACCCCCGUACUCACUCGUCACGUUUAGAGGAGAGCAAUGCAAGGAUGAUCACCCCUGCGGCACAUACGGCAAGAACUACUACUGGUGUAACACCAUCUCUGGCCACUCUGACUACUGCAGUCCUCCACUGUGGAGAAGUAAGGCUAAAAACGGGCAGUACUGUCGCAACAACAACGCCUGUGCCAAAUAUGGUGAAAGCCAGCAAUGGUGCUACACAGAUGAUAGCAAAAAACACAAGUGCUGUACUUCUGAUGACUGCUACUCCACUGUGAGAGGCAAAACCUGCAGGUCUGAUCACCCCUGUGACAAACAUGGUGAAAAAUACCUGUGGUGCAAAACUACUGAUGGCAGCUGGGAUUAUUGCUGCACAGAAUGCUCCUCUGUUCCUGUUUCCAGAGGCACACGGCGGCGCACUGGGCGGAACUGGUCAUAGACAUUAAAACGCAUUUUAAAACGCUGUGUGUCAAGUUAAAAGUUGAACUUCUGAAAACACAUCUCAACACCCUGUGCUUUUUUUCCAUGUUGUUUGCAUUUUAAAAUCACAAGUGCGUUCCUUCAUUUAGCUCACCGCAGUAUAGACAGAUGUACACAUAUGAGCAUGUUUUAUGUCCUUGGUGAUUGAAUAAAGCAUUAAAAACCAAAGUAUUUAAUCUCAUGUCAGAGAGAAACUCGUAUAACAGCUCAUAUAUGAUCCUCUCCACGAGAUGAGAACACACUUUUAUCAUUCUUUAAGUAAAGAAAGAGUCAGAGUUUGAGAUAUAUUCCUCCUCCCGUACUGCAAAAUACUCGCUCUGUCUGGAAACGCUUAAAUCUGUCAUAUCAAACAUGCACACUUCAAUAAGCAGACAGAAAGCAGGUUAAUGUGUUUACAUGCUGGGUAAAAUCGGUGUAAGGGCCAAAAAUCUAUCUGUGAUGAUCGGUUUAUGCUGAAGCUGUUUAUGACCUGACUCUGAUAAAGGAAAAUGGAUUAACACGUUUACAUUAGUUUUCCUCUGCUGCUGUAACUGUGUGUUUAUAACACACAUUCAUUAUGGCAAGAGAGAUUUAGAGAACGUGUGUUCAGGUGAUGAUCAUCAUCUAGUGGUCUGAUUCACUGAUCUUACAGUUGAAGUGUAAUUAUUAAGACACAGACAUCAAGUCUGCAUUGUAAAGCAUUCAAAGAACACUUUAAAUCAAAUACACUAAUAAAAGUCCUCUGUGUAUUUUUGUGGUAGUAUACUUUAUUUCA